AUGGCAGAAGCAGGAGAAGUUUUGAAGGGCUUCAAUGACAUUCUUGACCUAAGACAGGCCUAUGCCUGGAAUGCGGAUUCUAUAAUGAAAUUCCUUAGCCAUGUGGUCACGUAUGGGUAUCUGUAUGAUAUCCGAGACCACCAAAUGCUAGCUCUUCGAGCCAUGGUGGCUCAGAUUGAGAUGCUACGGUAG